AUAUUAUUUCUUUGUUCUAGUAACAUUUCAAUUAAUUUCGUGCCGGCUCUAUUUUUGUUCACAUUUUUGCCUUUCACACUGUAAUUAAAUAACCUUUAUAUAACGUUACAAAAUUAAAUUUUAAAAAGAAUUUCGCGAAAUUGCUUACGUUAGCUCUCGCGUCGAAAAUACGGAAGGAAAUAUAUUUUCGUUGUCAUAUUUUUUAAGCUGCAUCGCUGUCACCAUAUUUCAUUAAAAUUAACUAUUGAGGUGAACUCGGGUGGAAGAUCUAGACUUUCUUGGGAAACUGAUUUUCUCCUAUAGUUCGCAAUAGAAAAUAAACUUUGAAUCACUUCGAUAUUAUUUUCUAACUGAAAUCUUUAUGUUUUGCUUAUAAUCAUGCUUUCACUUAUCACUAGUUAUUGCCCGGGACAUCAAGCUCGUGGACUUCAGUUUACAGAGCACGGUGGUUCCCGUUUCAGUGGGAAUGCCAGGAUAAAAUGAAACUUUGACCUAUUUUUUUUUUAUUAUCCAUUAAACCUUCCGUCUCAACUUAAUAAAAAAAUAGCCAAAUUGGUCCAUCCAUUCUUGAGCUAUGCGCUUACCAACAUUCAUUUUUAUUUAUAUUGAUUUAAAAAUGGUUGUAAACGAGCACAAAGAGUUCUUUAAAAAUUUGUAGCAGGCUUCAUGUUCACUUUAAUUAGGAGAAUGUAAUGAACAUAAUUGGUGUCAGCACAUUUUAUGCUAGACUUAAACCCUUCCUCCGUUCCCCAGGGUAACGCGAUAAGCCGACCACAUGUCCCCUUACCUUAUUUAUAGUGGUUAGGGUUGCAGGCUCUAACGUACCGAGCCCAUAAUUCAGUGCACAAGGGAGGGCUAAUUAAACGCCUAACACAUUAAAACUCACCUUCCUUUAAGCUUUUUAAUUUCCUAUACAUAGAUCAUGCGGUGUUAGGAUUGGACAAUCAGUCCAAAUAUAGAGUGUUGCACCAGGAGUAAACACACAAUUUCCGUGUAGCAAAUGGGCCGUUUUUGUUGAAUGUCAAUCGUCAUAUAGCCUUGCUCAACGCAGUCUUUCGAGUUACGAAUUGUAACGGUGAAAGGCGUCUCGUGGUGGGGGCAGUCGGGCGCACACUGCUCACGCGCCGCCGCAGUCCGACGUGAAUACUCGAGUGUGCCGUGCUACCCGCGCCGCCCCGCAAACCGCGAAACAAGUGAACAACUUUCGCGCCAACAUUUGAAAAAAAUACGAAAUUUAUUUGUGCAUGUGUGUGUGACGUCAUGAACAAGUGAUGCUGGUCAAUCUUGAAAACAAUUGCAAAAUGUUUCUGUGUUUUUGUCUCGUUUUUUGGAGCGCUCUUUCGCCGGCUCUGGCCCAAGGUGAACGAAGGUGUGGACACCCCGCAGUACCUCCUAACGCGAGAGUAUCAAUCCCCACAGAAGACAUAGUCCCAGGAACAAUAGCCACGUAUGAGUGUGACGAUGGCUAUGAGCUGUUCGGAGCUCACGAGAGAGAAUGCACACUAAGAGGGGACUGGACUGCUGAACCUCCAUUCUGCGGUACAAAUGUGGCAUUCAGGAAACCAGCUAACCAGUCGACGACAGUCAGAGGUGGCGCUGCCGCUAACGGCAAUGACGGGGAGAAGACCACGGAACACGACGGCAAGAGGUGCACGGAGACCCAAAAAGAAGCAUCACCAUGGUGGCAGGUCGAUCUGCUGAGGCAUUACGCUGUCAAAGUUGUGAGAGUGACCACCAGAGGGUGUUGUGGUCACCAACCGCUCCAGGACUUGGAGAUCAGAGUGGGCAACAGCAGCUCAGACUUGCAACGGAACCCGCUGUGUGCCUGGUUCCCCGGCACUAUACAUGAGGGUAUUACGAAAACGUUCACGUGCGCUCGGCCGCUGGUCGGCCAACACGUGUUCCUGCAGCUCGUGGGAGUCGAGGGCUCCCUGUCUCUCUGUGAAGUCGAAGUGUUCACUACUGAAGAAUUCUCAAACGACCGCUGCGCUCCCUCCGGUGCGUCAGCCGACAUCGAACUGGCUGCCUUCUCGAGGAACUGCUAUGAAUUCAACGUUGCCAAAGGAAUGUCUUUUGAUGACGCAAGAAAGCAAUGCCAGUCUCACGGAGGAGACCUUAUACAUGGAUUUCAGGGUGCGACAUCGAGCUUCUUGAUCCAAGAGUUGGAGCGAAGAAAGCCGCAGCUGAAGACACAACUGGUUUGGAUCGGUGCGCAGAAGGAACCAGGACUCACUUCCAGAACUUGGAAAUGGGUUGAUGGGGAACUUAUAUCCAAACCUACUUGGGGCAAGGACCAGCCGAACAACUACAAUGGAGAACAGAACUGCGUGAUGCUGGACGGUGGCCGCGCGUGGCUGUGGAACGACGUCGGCUGCAACCUGGACUACCUGCACUGGAUCUGCCAGUACCUGCCACCCUCUUGCGGAAGUCCUGACAAACUGCUGAACACCACAAUCGAAGGUAACAACUACCAGGUCGGCGCUUCUAUCGCAUAUCGGUGCCCUGAAGGGCACAUGCUUCUCGGAGACAAGACCAGAGAGUGUAAAAAGGAUGGAUUUUGGUCUGGAACUGCCCCUAGCUGUAAAUAUGUUAACUGCGGUGGGCUAACACCAAUCCAAGAUGGAGACGUAACCAUAGUUGACGGAAGAACAACUCACGGAGCGAAAGCUGUCUACUCAUGUCGAGAGAACUAUACCCUGGUCGGCGAACCGGAACGCAUGUGCGGCGACGAAGGCAUCUGGACCGGUGAAGCUCCUAAAUGCUUGUUCGACUGGUGUCCUGAACCGCCACCAGUUACUGGAGCCCUGGUUACUGUGAAUGGACACAAAGACGGAUCAUUGGCAACUUACACAUGCCAAAAUGGAUUCAUACUCUUCGGACAACCGAGCGUAACUUGUACGCUGGGUGGAUCAUGGUCUGGCACUCCUCCGUCGUGCAAGUAUGUGGACUGCGGCACUCCUGCCCAGGUCCACAAGGGCUCCUUCAAACUCCUGAACGGCACCACGACGUACGGCUCCAUCGCUCAGUUCAACUGUGAACAAGACUACUGGCUGGACGGCGCUGACACCCUCACCUGCAACCGAGAUGGAAAAUGGUCCCAUGAUAUACCGUCAUGCGAAUUGAUAUCGUGCGCGGACCCUCAAGUGCCGGCGGGUGGUUACAUGGAAGCCUACGACUACAACGUGCACUCCAGCAUCGACUUCCACUGCGAGAAGGGCCACAAGCUAGUCGGAGAGCAAAGUCUCGUCUGCCAACAGGACGGAGAGUGGUCAGGAGAUUUUCCGAAAUGCGAAUAUGUCGACUGCGGCAAGCUUCCGUCUCUGCCGUACGGUUCUGCCGAACUGUUAAAUGGAACAACACAUUUGGGAAGUGUGAUCCAAUACUCUUGCACUACAAACUUCAGGCUGGUUGGACCAGUUAGAAGAAUCUGUACAGAAGAAUUUCAAUGGAGCGAAUCUUCUCCGAGAUGCGAAGAAAUCCGCUGCUCAGAUCCGGUGGUACCUGAAAACAGUAUAGUCUCCGUAACUGGUAACGACCGCAACCACGGCCGAACUCUCAUCAGGACUUCAGUAAGCACCACGAUUGGGAACAGCUACCGUAUUGGUGCGCUGGUGAAGUACCGCUGCGAGCGAGGAUACAAGGUGGUGGGGGAGAGCCUGUCCACUUGCGAGGAUAAUGGACAAUGGAGCGGAGUCACUCCAAGAUGUCAAUAUGUUGACUGCGGUAACCCGGGUCCCAUACAAAACGGCAAGGUGACGCUAGCAACCAACGCGACGUACUACGGUGCAGCGACUCUGUACGAGUGCAACGAACAUUGGCAGCUGGACGGCGUGUCCCGAAGACUGUGCCAAGAUAAUGGAACCUGGAGCUCUGAGGCACCAGUCUGUAAAGAAAUCACAUGCACGGACCCUUCGAUUCAAAUCAAGGGUAGUGUAGGUCUCUUGGUCGCGACCUCGACCCUGAGUAUCAAUGGCGAGGCUCACUACCGCUGCGAGCGGGGCUACGGGCUGCAGGGCAACCAGACCAGGACCUGUCUGCCCAGGGGCGCGUGGAGCGGGGCCCCACCUGUCUGUAUACCUAUCGACUGCAAGUCCCCUGGCACGAUCGAGAACGGUCGCGUCAUCAUCUCCAACAGCUCGACCCUCUUCGGCAGCUCUAUCGAGUACCACUGCCUACCGCAGUUCCAGCGCGUCGGACCUUUCCUACGAAAAUGUAUGGAUGACGGCAAAUGGUCGGGAGAGGAGCCCAGCUGUGAACUGGUCACCAACGAGGCGGCAGAAAACGGCACAUUACCGCUUAGUGUUGGCGUCGGCUGCGGCGUCGUGCUGUUCCUGCUGAUGCUGCUUGGAGUCAUAUAUUUGAGGCUCCGCAAAGCCACUCCAGUGAAAAACACGGAGAACAUCGAAGGCGCUGAACGUAAGGAAGACCAGAACGCCGCUGUGAUGAGUUACGCGACGCUUCACGACUCCAACGGGCGGCACAUCUACGACCACGUGACCGACAACGUGUACGACUCACCGUACAGUGAGCGCAUUGCCGACAACGUCGCUUACGGCCGCCGGAGCGACACGGACUCCGCGUACGAACCGGAGCCGACCGGCCCGAGCGCCGUCGUCACCAUCAACGGGGUCGCCGUGCGUUGACGACAACCACCAACCAAGUGGCUCGAAUAUUAACAUUAGGUAACCAAAUCAGACGCUUAAUUGGUGUUCCUCAGUGUAAAUGUUACCUGUAAAUUUUUCCCCUGUGGUUACCAUCGACUCGAGUGUUCAAACGAUACGAUAGGGUUAGUUUUAAAUUCCAUUUGUUAGUUGAUCACCAACCCUUACUAGGUAUUGUACCAAAGAUGUAAAUGUGUUGGAUUCGUGUGGAUUAAGACUGCAAUUCUUAUUGUUUGAUUUUUAAAUCAUUUUUACGAUGCCUCUUUUGCCGAAUGAAGAAGAAAUUACUAUGGGGUGGUGAAAUUAUGUAAUAGGAACCCAGAAAGAAAUGGAGCUGUCAGUCUAUUAGGAAAAUUUAUAAAAUCUUGUCCUGAAUGAAUCCAAUAAGAAUUGUAGACACCAGUGUGAGUUCUUUUGUUUAUAACUUUUACAAAAAAAAAACUAAUAAUAAGAACAAAGAAUAUAGAUAUUAAUUAUAUUUAUUGUUGUAUAUGAAACGAUCAAAUUUUGAUGCCAAAAUGUUUCGGCUGUAUGUAUUUAAACAUUUAAUAUUAUCUUAGAUUCGUAUUGUUCCUUUUGUAUUUAGUUUCUUAACCCUCUGACAUCGGUACUGUUAAGCUGACUUCUUGUAAACAGGGGCGAACUCUUGUAGGCAAAAUAAUAUCGAUUCUUUUUGUGCUGUUCGAGUAGAUAGUUUACAUAUCUACGGUUAAAACUCAAACUCAACAUGUGCUCAUAUCCCGCAAAAAUUACAUGUAUUGGCAUAAUUAGAAGUUUUGCUAAUUAAGUUCUAUAGCCAUUUUUUUAUUCUGUACAGCGAUUAUGCGUCAGUCGUUCAUAAACCUGCGGUAGACAACUUGUCAAAUCCGCCCCUGCUUACAAAUCUGGAUAUAUAACAUUUUUCUAGUAUAAAAGGGUAAUUUGGAAUGUUUAGUAAAAAUAGAAUUAUCAUGUGUUAUGGUGAAUUACUAACGACGUGCCUAUUCCAUUUCGCUUUAUGUUUUCAUUUGUUUUGUAAAUAUUAUUUUAGUUAGAAUUAAUAUUAAUUAAUACGUAGAUUUGCGAUGCCUGUAUAAAUCUAUAUUACCUAACUAUAUUUAUUAAUUGUAAAUAAUUAGGUAUAUUU